CCUGAGUUUAAGAAAUGUAAAAAAAAAUAUGAAAAAAAUGUGAUUGACUUGCUCUUUAAAGAAUGUAUUUUGCAAUUGGUUGGCCAAAGUUCUUUAACAGCAAGAUACAAACAGGUGUUGAAGACGUUUUGAAGAUCAUUAAAUUCAAUAGGUCAAGGUCACUGUUCGUCACCGUCUCUGACGCAUGCAUAUAUUUGUGGAAGACAAGACCACGCAUAAUACUUUCUAUAUGGCAUCGAGAUGAGAAAUCAAUUCACGAACAAGGGAUAAACAAAGAUGUAUACUGGAAUCCAGAUUCUUCCAUGUUGGCCAUUGUUACUGAGGAUGGGUUUGUUAUUUUGCUUGAUAUAUUUGAAGUAGAAAAAGAACAUGUAUACUAUCUUGAACCAGUGAGUUCACGAUAUCCACCCGAGCAAUUGAAACAUAAUGGUAUCCUCAAAGUUAACCUUACGCAUCGGUUAAAUGUCACUCUAAAAGGGAAGAUAACCUGCAUUACACCACGCAUUGAUGAGUUAUUUAUAACAACGACAGAAGGUUGGAUUUACCGUUUAUCAUGGGCAGGAGCAAUUAAUUCUGAACUAUCAUGUCACAUUAGUGAUCUGUUGUUUUGUGUUGACCUUGAAACACCAACGGUUGGUUCACCACUUUCAAAAGAGGAGAAUGUUUAUAUCACUAAAAUAGAAUGUAGUCCAGUCCUUGGUGGUUUUGCAAUUAUUCUUUCUGACGGACGUGGCGGCUUUCUAUCUUCAUCCACUGCAGACUCUAAACCACAGGAAAUUGUUGGUAUUUUUGCAAAAGAUUUGACAAAUGCUGUUAGUUUGAGUGUCAAUAUUAAAUAUCAAAUCAUCGUCUAUGGUCAAACAAAUGGACAAGCUACAGCGUAUACCUUUGAUGAUAUCACUGGAGGAUUGAUUGUUUCACAUAAAUAUGUGCUGCCUAAAAAAGAUUAUCCAGACCAAGGUGCAAAUUCUGGUUCUGUAUUUAUGGUUUCUUGGACUCCAGAUGGUUGUGCACUGGCUACACUUUGGUCAAGUAGUGGUAUAGCAAUUUGGAGCAUCUUUGGUGCACUCUUGAUGUGUGUGAGAAGCUCCGAUCAUUGUGGAGAUGUGUUCCGUCAUGAUGCAAUACCAAUUGCGUGUAUGGAUUGGGGCUUAGAAGGCUAUGAGUUGCUACUUCUUCCAAAAAAUGCUGAAAAUCACGAUGUAUCACAAGGAGAUAUUUUACAGUUGAAUUUUGUUAAAAGUGCUUUAUCUGUAAACCCAUGCAUGUCCAAUCGACAGCAGUUAUUUCUGCAAGGUGCGGACAGCGUCUAUCUUAACACAGGGGAUGUUAUGCUCCAAACAACUCAAGGUGCAAUGCUUGAUGGUAAUGGUAAUGGAAUGAAUUCACCCAGCAUGCAUUUCAGUAAUAAACAUUGGCAGACCUUUCAAUUGCCACCACAUUACGUAACAUCGAACUGGCCAAUAAGAUAUGCAGCCAUAAAUGACUCAUCAAAAUAUCUAGCAGUAGCUGGGAUGCAUGGUUAUGCUCAUUUCUCAUUGGCCAGAAGAAAAUGGAAACUAUUUGGGAACGAAACACAGGAACGGAAUGUUAUUUGUCGUGGUGGUUUAACUUGGUGGCAAAAUUUUCUUGUUGUUGGUUGUUAUAGCAUUCAAGACGAACUGGAUGAGGUUCGAUUACACAGCCGUACAUCAAAUCUUGAUGUGACACUGGCAUGUCGUGUACAAACCUCGUCACCAAUCUUCUUGAUCAACACAUUCAAUGAUAUACUUCUUGUUUAUUGCUCUGACUGUUCCGUCACGUUUUACAGAAUGGCAAUGGUAGAUGAGAAAAUUCAUGGUUCAGGUGUAUCUGUUACGAAGCUGUCAGAAACGACUUUGAUAGAUUAUAUCAUUCAUCCAAUCACUGUCACUUCGCUGAGUUUAACAGGCCUGAAAAGUGAACAAUCAUCCACUGAGCAUUCUAAUGAUACCAAAGAAGCGCAUUCACUUAUCGCAAAUGUUGCAGGCAGAGUAUUGAUGCUGCAAAAGGAUAAACCAGCUGAGGAAAGAACUUCAAAAAAAAUUCAGUUUCUCACACCAGUAGUGUUGGCUUCUUGGGUUGAAAGUAUUUGGUAUAUGGUCAACCCGAUGAGCUCGAAACAGCAUCUAGCAGAAUCGCUUUGGUUGGCCUGUGGAGCACAAGGGAUGCAGGCUUGGCUGCCUUUAUUUCCAACAAGACGCCCUCUUGGUUUUCUUUCAAAGAGAAUAAUGUUACAUUUUAAUUUGCAGUUAUAUCCAUUAGCUGUGUUAUUUGAAGAUGCAGUCAUCAUUGGAAUUGGAAACGAAGAUAUAGACGAUUGUUUAACACCGUCACCUCUUUUUGGUGCUUCAAUGCCUUUCCCUUACUUUACGUUAGAAAGAACAACACAAGUUUAUUUACCACAAAUUUUGAAGCAACUUUUAAGAAGAAACCUUGGUGUGCAUGCUUUGGACAUAGCUAGAAGUUGCACCAAUCUUCCAUAUUUCACUCAUGUACUUGAACUCAUGCUACACGAAGUGUUGGAGAAAGAGGCCACUGCUUCUAACCCUAUACCAGAUCCCUUGUUGCCACGCAUUGUUGCAUUCAUUCAAGAAUUUCCACAGUUUCUUGAAACAGUUUGCCAUUGCGCAAGAAAGACUGAAGUUGCCCUUUGGAACCAUUUAUUUUCAGUUGUUGGAAAUCCAAUUGACUUGUUCAAAAGUUGUCAUUCAACGGGAAAACUUGAGACGGCAGCCUCGUAUCUUCUAGUGAUUCAAAAUUUGGAAACUCCAGCAACUAGUAGACAGCAUGCAACGUUGCUAUUAGAAACAGCGUUGGAACAGCAUAAAUGGCAGCUGGCAAAAGACCUUGUUCGGUUCCUACGAGCAAUCGGACAAGGCGACAACGAAUCUCCACCGCGAACGCCCUUAUACUUCGGUCACAAAACAUCUUUUCAUCAAAACAUGUCCACGAGUUUAAACUUAUCAUCUGUUAAUCUUGAUGAUUCAAUGUCAGCUCCAGUGAGGCUACCAGUACAAAGACAAUCAUCGAGAUCAAGUAUACCACCUGCUAAUUCUCAUUCAAGAACAUCCAGCAUCAACACAAAAGAGAGAGGUAGCUCAGUGAAAGAAAAACAACGACCAGUCAAUUUGAAGUUGGGAAAACGUGAAAGUAACGAGAAAUUCUCAUCUCCAUCUAAACCGGUUACAGUGGAGUCUUGUGAGCACUUCUACACAGAGAUGAUACUAAGUCGCCAUGCAAGAAAGUUAUUAUGCAGUUAUUCUAUAAAAGAUUUAGGCUUAUUUACAAGUCACUUAGAAUUUGAUAUUGUACCUUGGUUAACCAAAGAAAGGUUUCGUGCAGUCAAUAUCGAUAGUUUUAUAGAUUCAUUGUCGUCUUUACAUGAACAGUUUGAUUGGCCUUAUCCAACUUUGGAAUCUGUGAAUGAACACGCUCUGUACUUGCGAAGUCAAAGUCUGCUAGCUCAAAAAGACAACAACCGAUUAAGCAUACCACAUGGUAUUGCUACCCCUACGAGUCCAUUGGGAAGUGACCUCAGUUACCCAAACACAACAGGUGACUACAUAGAAGCUCACUUGCAUACUGAAAGAGAUGACGUCAGUGUUGCUACUGGCACCGAACAAAUAUCGGACACAUGUUCCUUUAUGACGUUGGAUGAAGUCGGUAAUGAAGCCAUAGAAACGCCGUUUCAAAAUUUAAACGAGAUGAAAAAAGCCUUACUUCAAUCAAAAAAAGCUGGACCGCCAAAAUCGCAAGCCAAACUUAAGUACAUGUUGAAGUUAUUUAUGGAAGCGCGAUGUUUGGACUGGGUUAUCGUGAUAGCGUUAAUGUUGUUUGAUUUGCCUCGAUUUAACGAAGUCGUUGAAAAAGUUGCAUCUUUCAAAGAUCUCACGAAAUCGAGGCUGGAUAACUUACUUGUUUUGCUACACGAACUGUAUGAAUGGCUUGAACAGAAGUGCCCCGCCUACCAACCCAUUUUAAAUACCAUCAUAGCAAAUUGCGAAACGUUGUAUAACUCUACAGCAGCCGAAACAAUACAAUCUUCAAAUACUCCAGACGACGAAAUUGUUAGUUCGCCACGUAAGCCGUCACAAGAGAGCGAACUGACCUCAGAUUCGGAAAAGAUAACAUCUGAGGGUGAAGAAGAAGAGAAAAAUAUCAACGAGGAAGAAGAAAGUAGUGAAUGUAACAUCAUGUGAAACUUUUUACAAUCGUACAUUAUUUUUCUAAUUUUUUUAAGCAAUAAAUUGUAUAAUAUGUAGAAAUAAAUUAAUGACGUCAGA